AUGAGUGAAUUUGGUAAGAUGCUACUUUUUAAUAUUUAUAUAUGAGUAUUGUUAUAGAAGAAUAUGUUUAUUAGUUGUUUGGAAGAUCAUUGAUAAAGUUUAGAAGGUAAUGUCUUUUUAUUGUUUUAGAAGCAUUGAUUUGUGCAGAUUGUGGUGCUGGAAAUGCUGAAUGGGCUUCAAUCAAUCGAGGAGUCUUCAUUUGCAAUGAAUGUUGUUAUAUACAUCAGAAUUUGGGUAAGAAUAUUUAAUUUUUUUUUGGUUUUUAGGUAGUAGAAGCGAUUUUUUGCUUUAUGAGAUCUUUAAUCAAUGAAAACGGGUCAGAAUGUUUUAAAAAUGAAUAGUUUUAAUAAUUUUAAAGGUUUUAAACUCAAAUUAAGUCUUCUGAUUAACAAAAAUUUUACAGGUCGUCACAUAAGUCAAGUAAGAUCUCUACGAAAAGGAGUUUGGGUGCAAAGUCAAUUGGAACUUUUGAAGGUUUUGUAUGAAAAUGGAGCUAAUAAUAUUUGGGAACAUACUUUAUUUGAACAUCAGAAUUCAAGUAAAGGACAUAAGAAGCCUGUUUCAAAGUAUGUUUUACUUAUUUUUGUGGUUUAGAGGAGUUGUCGUCGAACUAAUGAAUAUUUUGGGUACAGCAUGAACAAUUUUUUGUGUUUUAUUGGUUUUUUAAAAGACGAUUUCUGAGACAGUGAAGCAGCCUGAAACAGGCAGGUGCACUAGAAAUUAACCCCCUGUUUUUAUCGUCUUAAUGCAUGAGAUAAACCGUUUUAAGAUGUAUAGUGAAGUUUUUUUGCACAAAAUGUCAUUUUGACAUUUUUUGUCAAAAACAGUGAAAAUUUAUAAUAAUUUUAAAAAUUAGCAGAAUGUUUUAAAAAUUUGUACACUUAUGUUUUUAACCAAAAUUUUAAAAAAGUGCAAAUAAAAAAAAAUUUAACACGGUUAGUCAUAGUCAAUUUUAGCAUAUUUGAAAUCUACAUGAAACUUGGGUUUGAAUAAACGGUACGCUCAAACUUAAAGCUGCCAAUUUUGGGGCAUUACGGCCGAUUAAAAAAUUACGGUAGCACAAUGUCAAAAAAUUUAAAAUUUUACUGUCGCUUUGCUAAUGAAACUACAAGUCUGCAAAUUUGCAUACUUAUAUUUUUUAACAUGUUGAACAAACUGGUAAUUACAAAAAGUUUAUAAAAGCACCGUAACUUACCGUAAUCCCACCGGUCGAGUAUAAAAGUGCAAAUAUCCAAAAAUUUAACACGGGUCUCCAUAAUCAAGUUUAGCAUAUUUAGAACCUACAUGAAACGUAGAUAUUGAUUGGGUAUAAGCACAUCUUUAAAGCUGCCAGUUUUGGUGCUUCACGGUAAAUUAAAAAAUUACGGUGGCAUACUAUCCAAAAAAUGACCGUAAACCCCCAAAAUUGGCAGCUUUAAAGAUUAUCUUAUAGCUUUUCAAUAUCUACGUUUUAUGAAGAAUCUAAAUAUGCUAAAAUUGACUAUGACUAACCGUGUUAAAUUUUUAGAUAUUUGCACUUUUAUAAUCGACCGGUCGGAUUACGGUAAGUUACGGUGCUUUUAUAAACUUUUUGUAAUUACCAGUUUGUUCAACAUGUUAAAAAAUAUAAGUAUGCAAAUUUGCAGACUUGUAGUUUCAUUAGCAAAGCGACAGUAAAAUUUUAAAUUUUUUGACAUUGUGCUACCGUAAUUUUUUAAUCGGCCGUAAAGCCCCAAAAUUGGCAGCUUUAAGUUUGAGCGUACCGUUUAUUCAAACCCAAGUUUCAUGUAGAUUUCAAAUAUGCUAAAAUUGACUAUGACUAACCGUGUUAAAUUUUUUUUUAUUUGCACUUUUUUAAUCGACCGGUUAGGUUACGGUAACUUUAGAAAAAAAUGUUCAACUACAAUUUUAAUCAGCAUAGUUAAAAACAUAAGUGUACAAAUUUUUAAAACAUUCUGCUAAUUUUUAAAAUUGUUAUAAAUUGUCACUGUUUUUGACAAAAAAUGUCAUAAAAAUGUCAAAAUGACAUUUUGUGCAAAAACACUUUACUAUAUCUCUUAAAACGGUUUAUCUCAUGCAUUAAGACGAUAAAAACAGGGGUCAAUUUCUAGUGCACACCAUGCUUCACCGUCUCAGAAAUCGUCUUUUAAGUUCUUGCAAGCGAAUGUCUUUGGAAGUCAUUUAAAACUUACUAUAUAUAAUAUACGAUUAUUCAGGCGGAUUCGAAAUUCUUUAAAAAUUUGCUUUUUCAACUGAUCACAACUUCUUUAAAAAUAAAAACAAGCUUAAAGUUUAAUAAAAUGUCAUUUUUAGUGAUCCAGUAUUCCCCAAAAAAGAGAAUUUUAUAAAACAAAAGUAUUUGCAAAACGACUUUACUAUCCGACCGUCAAAAGAGGAGAAGACCUGCUUGGACGAUUUGAAUCGACAACUAUGGUCAGUUUGUCGCACAUCUCGAGUCGAAACAGCAUUGAAAUUGUUGGCAUUAGGAGCGGAUCCGAAUUAUGCUGAUCCUGAGAACGGUCUAACACCGGUUCAUGUGGCUGCCAAAGAGAAUCAACUGCUUCAAAUCGAGUUGUUGGCCAUUUAUGGGGCCGAUGUGGCUCAACAAACGGCUGGUGGGCAAACUGCGGCUGAGGUUGCGAGAGCUGAGGAGUUUGUGAGUUACAUUUACUUUUGUUUAUUAGGAUGUUCAAGUAAUUCUGUGCUCCUGAAGGCUAAUUUUUGGGUUUAGAGGCACAGAAUUAUUUUAUCAACCUAUUAUUUCUAUUUAUUAAAAAAUUUUGUUUCUAAAAUUUUUUUAAAUGUUGUUACCUAAUAUAUUUUAGGACCAAUUAGCAGCCCGGCUGGACGAGCUAGAGUUUUCGAUUUCUGACCAUUUUUCCAUGUUUCUAUGCGGCCGAAAAGCCGAUCACACAACAGGAAAACAUUUUUUAAUCCCCGAAAUGGCCAAUCCCAACGAACAGUCAAAGGAAUUUCGACAAAAUUUGCAUAAAAUCCCGCCAACGUUGUGCGAAAAGCUGUGCCAAGAUGUAUAUGAUGAGGUGGAUCGACGAGAAGUUCAAGCUCAAUGGAAUGCUGUAAAUGGGCUGAAUUCCGUUGGAAGAUACGAUUCGAAACAUGUCGCUGUGUUUUUACCGGUUAGUUAUAUCUUUUUAUGCUUUGAUGUUUUGUAAAGAAAGUUCUUGCAAUUUCUUUACAAGAUGACACAGCUUGAUAUUGUGCAGCUAGAGGGUGGCAAUUUCUUCUAUAAAGCGCGUUUUUUGCUUGGUAAAGAAAGUUUUUGUCAUAUUUUGUUUUGUAAAGAAAGUUUUUGCCAUUUUACGUAAUCUAGAGGAAGUUUUGCCAUUUCUAAUAGCAUAAAGUAUAUUUUUUGAAAAUUUUUAGUUUAGCAGUACAAAAUCCUAAUUCAUACUAAUUGUUUGUUUUUUCAGCCGAAUGCUAACCUAACAGCCACACGUAAUCAAUUAAGGCAGAAAUUGGCCAAGUACGACUCUCGAGACUUGUCACAAUUGAUUUGUGACCUGUUAAAGGAAGCCAGGCGAAGAUAUCUAGGAGAGGAACCGAUUAUUAUCGAUGAAUCACCUAGAGCUACUCAGUUACAAGUUGAAACGUAUGUUGUUUUAGACAAUCUUUGUAGGUAUAGUUAAUUUUUAAUGGAUAUUAAACAACUGUGUCUACUAUAACAUGGUGUUACUUGUCUGAGCUGUAACAUGUUGUUUUCUACCUAAAAUAUCAUUUUUUGAAUAAAGAUUUACCUAAAAGUUCAAAUUUAGAAGGCAAUCGGCGGACAAUUUCGAAUCAGUUCAAGAUCUGGCCGACUCUCGAAAAUCUCGAGGCUCCAACGGCACUAGAAGAUCAUCAGCGUUGCGAGCAUCAGAACGAAAUUCGAAUCCAACAUUAGAUGAUUACUUGGAAUUGAAAGAGAAGUUGACAGAAACGGAUCAGAAAUUGAAUACUGUGGUUCAGACUUAUGUUCAAAUGUCAAAGUGAGGAAGUUUUUGGAGUAUGCUGAACUUUAGUUUGGAUUUUUAGGGUUAGGCAGGGCUUUUGGUUUUGAUUUUUUAGGCUUGAGGAGGGUUUAUAGUUUUGAUUUGUAGGCUUAGGCGGGCUUUUGGUUUGGAUUUGGGUUUCGAUUUUUAGGCUUAGACUAGGCUUUUGAUUUGGAUUUUUUAGUUUGUGUGGGUAGGUAUCUUAAGGUUUAGUUCGCAGUUGGGUUGGGAUGUUUGGUUUACUGAAGGCUGAAAUUCUUUUUUAUUUUUACGUGAUUUAAAAGUUUCUUACAAAUUUUUGUGAAAAGAUUCGUGAAGAUUUCGGAUCUUGGAGCAAUCUCACUUUAAAAAGUUGUAUACAAAAUUUUUCAAAUUUUUUAGUUGUUCAAAUAAUUAUGUGCUUCUCCUAAAAGUGAAUUUUUGCAGUUAGGGGCAUAGAAUUAUUAGAGCGACUUAAUAUUGUGGCAAUGUAUAUUUUCUGAAAAUGUCUUUUGAAUUUCAGAGACCUACAACUUCUUCAAAAAACAGUGGAACAAAUGUUUGAAGAGCGAAAGACACUAGAGGGACAAUUGUCUUCAAUCAACCAACAACUUACAUUAAUAUCGAGAAGAUCUCCUCCGCCUCAAAUCCGGCCAUUUUCACCAGCGAUUUCUCCCAUACCCAAGAGUUUUAGCCCCAGGCAGAGCAAUCGUACGUUUUUUGUUUGAAGUAUAAAUCGUCGUUGAAAUUUCAAAAUUUGAAAACUAAAAAUUUAAUUUUACAAUUUUUUUAAAGUACAAAUUUUGGUUUUAGCCGAACCCCGAAAGAGCACGAUGCAUCGCCAAGCCAGCCUGAACGGUCCAGAAUCCUCAACGCAUCAUCGUCGGGACGAAAUGAGUGCUUCAGUACCACCACACGACACUACAGAUGGUCGUCAGUUCCCGGACACUUUGAUUGUGGAAACGGAGAAGCUGAUUGCGUUUAUCAAGAAUCUGUUAUCACAGCUGACACAGCCACAACCUCAGAACAACAGCAUAUUGAUCUUGGUGGAUUCGGUAGGGUUUGCGUUUUAAUUUAGCUUCUGACAGUGAUAUAGUUUUAGUUUCGUUAGGUUUAGCGAUGUUACUCUAUUUUAACUAUAGUCUAGUUUUUCUACAGUGUAUCCUUACUACGUUAGGCUUAAUUUUAAAUUGUUGAACAAGAUAUAACAAUAAAAUCGCAUAUAAAUUAAUAUUAUUAUAGAUAAACUAUCAGAUCAGUCGAAUAAUCGACACUAUCCCCACAAACCUACGAUCCGGGAAAGUACAACGGUCAGUGGAGGAAAUACUAUAUUACAUGAAGGCAUUGUACGCCAAAUGCAGCCAACACCCUCUGCCAGCCGAAGAAACGAUCAAAUCGGCGUACGCGGUCGCUCAAUCGGCGAAGGAACUCUUGGUCAGCGCGAACGAUGCAGCUGAAAAAGCUCAGAAACAUUGA